AUGCAUCCAUCUGAUAAUUCCGGAGCAACUUUAGUCCCUAUUCCAUUUGAUGACUUUGGAUAUCGAUCGUGGAGAAGAGGUAUAAUGCGAAUAUUAUCUGUGAAGAAUAAGCUGGGAUUCAUCAACGGAGAAUGCAAGAGACCAAAUCCAGAUUCAUCAAAAUUUUGCCUAUGGGAAAGAUGUGAUGAUAUGGUCACCUCAUGGAUCCUAAACUCCUUAGCUAAGGAAAUUGCAAAUAGUAUUGAGUAUGUAGCAGAUGCAUUCGAAUUGUGGAGAGAACUUGAGGAUCGAUAUGAUCAGACAAAUGGAACAAAACUAUACCAGAUUCAGAAAGAAAUCAAUGAUCUAUCCCAAGGAGCCCUUGAUUUCACUAGUUAUUACACAAAAAUGAAAAAGAAAUGGGAGAAACUCAACACUUUGAUUGCCAAAUCUCAUUGCACUUGUAACUUCACAUGUGGAGCUAAGGAGAGCAUGCAUAAAGCUGAGCAGGAUAGGAGGUUGAUACAAUUCCUUAUGGGAUUGAAUGAGACGUACACUGUAGUUUGA